GGCAUGUGGGAUUGUCCUAGACCAGGGAUUGAACCCGUGUCCCCUGCACUGGCAGGUGGAUUCUUAACCACUGUGCCACCAGGAAAGUCCCCCAAAAAUAGUUUUUUAUACUUACCAUCUCUGUUGCUGUCUCCUCAUUCCUAAAGGUUGGGGUUUCCCUGUGGUGUCAUUUUCUUUCUGGGGUACUGCUUGUGGAGACAGUGUCUCCCACCACCCAGCAUGUCUUACUUCAUUUCCCUCCCUGAAGGAUAUUUUCACAGGCUGUGUAAUAAUGCUGGGUGGGACUUUUUUUCUUUUAGCACUUUAAAAAUAUCUUUUAAGAGGGCUUAAUGCAGUGUGGGAUCUUGGAACAGAAAAAGGAUAUUCAUGGGGAAACGUGAAAUCCAAAUGCCAUCCUGAGUUUAAUUAAUAAUAACAUAGCAGGGUUGGUUUCUUAGUUUUGACAAGUGUACCCUGGUCAUGUAAGAUGCUAAUAUUAGGGGAAACUGGAUAAGAUGUAUAUGGGAAUAUCACCUUUUCUGUAAAUCUAAAAUCAUUCUGAAAUAAAGGUGUAUUUAGGACAAUACAUUAACAGGAAGAUAACAGGAGGAGGGUGUCCCCAUGGAGGGGCGGCCCAGUGGAAGGGGAGAGCACCUACGUCAGGAGGUGAAGGUUUGGUUACUGUCGAGGUUGGGUGAGUAAACAUACUGCAGGUAAUGGAGCCGGGACUCUGACAGUCAGAGGAUGGACUUGCAAAGACAGAAGGAGAAAAUUAGAACCUUGUGGUGUUGAAUUGGAAUUGGGAUUAUAGGUGUGAACCCAUGGUUUUCAAAAGAUGCUGCUCUAAAACUGUGGGUGGAUCGGUGUAGCAGUGACUACAGAUGUGAGUGUUGUGUGUGGAUGCGUUUACCUUCGUCUGCUCUGUCCACGGAGAGGACCCACGAGCAGCACCACCCCAGGACCCCUGAGCACCCCCAGCAUACAGGUGGCCUUGUAAAUACCAUUCUCCACUAAAAGAACCAGGGCUCCUUGGAGUAAAGGCUGGUUUCAGGGUCAACCAGGGAGAGUGCCCGGUGAGCGUGGAACAUUUCGUGGCAGGAAGCAGGGAGCGCUCACAGGUUGAGGGGCACGUGCCAGAAGGACACCAAAGCCAAGGGAUGGGCUGCCACUGCCCAAACCAGAGGCAAUUUGAGCAUUGGAGUAAAUGAUAGUAACAGCGUAGCUAACUGAAUAAAAUAGGAAACUGAGCCCGUAAAAAUGAGUAAAUGGACAGUUUAUGAGGAACGGGAUUUGCACAGUCUCAGACCACCUCCCCCGAGGUCCUCGUAACUACACAGGGAGGGAGGGGCGCCCCGACGCAGGGAAGCUGCGCGGGAGCUCCGUGUGCAGGGUGAGCAAGGCCCCUGACUCGUGUGAAAUUCCUGCCAAAGGUGCAUUGCCCGCGGCUCGUCACAAAGGGACGUCCGGCAGAGGGAGAACGAGGACGCGCUGCAGAACAGCUGGCCUGGGACCUUCCAGGUGUCAGGGGCACGAGAGUCAGGGAGGGGCUGCAGAGACGUGGCAGCAAAACGCAGCUCGUGGUUCUGAGCCGGACCCUUUGCUGUGGGAGCCGCUAUAGGGACCGUUAGCCAAAGCUGGGGGUCUGGGCGUGGCUGGUGGCCCGGUUUCAAAGGCCAUCCCCCCGGUUCCGUAGGGGUGCCUCUGUCCACAGGGAGCCACACUGCCGUGUCCGGGGGGUUGGAGGUUGGGUGUCAGGUCGGCCGCUCACCCUCAAAUGGUUCAUGGACUCUCCUUUGAACUUUUCUAUACCUGAUUGUUUCCGAACAAAAAGCAAAGCUUUUCAGUGCCAUGCAGAGGGAAUAGCUCCCACCAAGGAAGUAUUUCCUUUUCAGAAGGGUCAGGAGGUGUGGAGCAGGAGGUACAGGAGGGGCUUCAAUGGAAAAGGCGAGCCCUGUGUCCUCGCCUGCUGUGUUGCGCACGUGGUGGCUUUAUGAUUAUUUUUAAAGUAAUGCGUGUACAUUUAUAUCCCUUCUGUAUGUGUAGUUCAUACUUAACCAUGGGAGGAAAGCCUCAGUGGUUUCCUUUUAUGUGGCACACGUGUGCCUGUGAAGCGGGGACAUUGGAAGUGGGUGACGUUCAGAACAGUGGACGGGGAGGGGUUGUCGUCUCCUGGAGGGCUGGGCCUGAGAUUCCUCGCGUUGGCCCUCAGCACCCACAAGAUAUAUAAUUAUCACGAGCUGUUUAAUGAACAAGCAGUGGUGUAAACAGCUCUUAGUUAAUGAAAAGUGGCUCACGCUUACUGAGUUUUCACAUGGGCCAGGUACUGCUGUCGUGCCUUCUGUCCCUCCCAGCCUGGUCCGUCGUCAGAUGAGUGAACUGUCCUAGGUCGCCCUGGGGGAAAGGGGCAGAGGUCCUUGUGCAGAGUCUGGCGGCUUACCCACUGCACCCAUAGGAAAUACCCCACUGUGUUCCAGUUGGACCAUUUCAAACUGUGCAGGAUAACACCAUAGCAUCUGAGUAAAUGGGUGUUUUUAUUUUUAAGAAAUUUGGAUUUGAGGCUGAGAUUUCCUUUUUAAUAUUUUCAUUUAGCAGGUAUUUGCUAUUCUAUAGGGAGUAUAUUCCAGAGUUGCAAGAGAUUUAAUGAUGUAAUCCUUUGUACACAGAUCUUUCCCCCAAGUAGCAUAUAGGCUAAGGAGACUUGCUUUCGCUGCGCUGUGCAGCUUGCGGGAUCUCAGUUCCCUGACCAGGGAUCGAACCCGGACCUCCGGCAGUGAAAGCCCAGAGUCCCAACUGCUAGGCCGCCAGGGAACUCCCUCCAAGUAGCAUAUAGGCUAAUAGGGCAUGACUCGGGGUGGAAGGUGGUGAGUGAGGUAAGAAAGUCAUUCGUUGGUUCAUUUAUUUGUUUCAGGAACACUCGCCAGCGUUCUCCUGUGCCAGGUGCUCACACUUCUUUAGUUUGGGUUUCAUGUUCAGGUUUAAACCAGAUGUCUUAUUUUGCCAGUUUGCCUUUUGUUAAGGAGCCAUGAUACGUUCGAGGCUUUUCGCAGCGAGAUCCUGGCCGGUGUUGGAGGGCGUGGGGUGCUGGACACCGUUGGCACGAGUGUUUCCCAGGCCCAGGCGGCUCCUUCCCCAGCACGCUUCUCCCAGGCUGCUCUCGGUCAGCUGUGCGGACUGCACCAAGCACCAGGAGCCCCCCAGGAAGAAGCUGCUCUCAGAGAAAAAACUGAAAAGGCAUUUUGUGGACCAUCGCCGAGUGCUUGUCCGAGGGGGACGCGGAGGUGACGGGGUAAGCUGCUUCCACAGUGAGCCCCGGAAGGAGUUUGGAGGCCCCGAUGGUGGCGACGGAGGCUACGGCGGCCACGUCAUCCUGAGAGUUGACCGGCAAGUCAAGUCCCUGUCCUCAGUCCUGUCUCAGUACCAGGGCUUUGACGGAGGAGCCGGCGGCAGGAAGAACUGCUUUGGGCGAAGCGGCGCCGUCCUCUACAUCCAGGUCCCCGUGGGCACUUUGGUGAAGGAGGGAAACGAAGUCCUGGCUGACCUCUCGCACCCGGGUGAUGAGUUCAUCGCAGCACUGGGCGGGGCAGGCGGGAAGGGCAACCGCUUUUUCCUGGCCAACAGCAACCGAGCGCCCACGACUUGUACCCCCGGACAGCCGGGUCAGGAGCGGGUCCUCUUCCUGGAGCUCAAAACGGUGGCACACGCUGGGCUGGUCGGAUUCCCCAACGCGGGGAAAUCCUCGCUUCUCCGAGCCAUUUCCAACGCAAGGCCCACUGUGGCCUCCUACCCAUUCACCACCCUGAACCCGCACGUGGGGGUUGUUCACUGCGAGGACCACCAGCAAAUAGCAGUGGCCGACAUCCCGGGCAUUGUCCGCGGAGCCCACCGGAACCGGGGCCUGGGCUUGGCCUUCCUGAGGCACAUCGAGCGCUGCCCCUUCCUCCUGUUCGUGCUGGACCUCUCGGUGCCAGAGCCGUGGACGCAGCUGGAUGACCUGAAGUACGAGCUAGAACAGUACAGGGAAGGCCUGUCCGAGAGACCCCAUGCCGUCGUGGCGAACAAGGUCGACCUCCCUCAGGCCAGAGCCCAGCUGCCCCAGCUGCAGGCCCGCCUAGGCCGAGAGGCCAUCGCCCUGUCAGCGGCCACUGGGGAGAACCUGGAGGGGCUGCUGCUGCAUCUGAAGGAGCUGCACGAUGACCACGUGGCCGCGGAGCUGGAGCGGGGCCGCCAGCCUCUCCGGUGGUAGCGGAGGUGGUAGGCCGGGAGGUGGCAUGGGCAGUGCCCAGGCAGGCUGACUGUGACCGGAGAUGAGGAAGGAGCCCCAAAGAAUCAGAGGCCUUGGUGCAGCAGCCUCCCCACCAGCUCAGGGCUCCCCACCAAUGCGCCCCCCUGCCCUGGGCCUGGGACCUUGGGGCGGUGGACGCUCACGCACCCGCCCAUCUGUUCCCGGUGCUUCCCGCGCCCACCUGCAUGCGACUGAUGUGCUACGAUGGGCUCGUCUGUGUUAAUUGGCCCCUGAUUAGCAGGGACCACACUCUGCCUGAUGUCGCCAAAUGCUGCCAAGUGCACACGGGGGGUGGGAGCCGGUGUUCCCUGCUGACCCUUGGGUGGCGGCAGCUGUCGCAGAGGUGGGCCCUUGAUUCCACGGCUGUCAACACGCCCCGUGAGCGCAGUUUGGCGGGGAUGCUCUGCUGUGCGAGGGCCGGGGGAGGGAAAGCAUUUGCAGGUGCAAUCCUCAGAUGCCGCCGUCUGAGGGAAGCAGUGAGGGUGACACCCGCCCUGUUGUCCCAGACGGCGCCGUGCUCUUUGGGAGCCGAGCUUCACGACUGCUCCCAGUAUCCGACCCAGGGACGUGUGGCUUCUGACCCACUUAGUACACGCGAACAGGUUAUUAACUGCGGACUGCAGGUGGGGCAUGGCAGCGCCGUCCCCCAGGGUAGCCAGUGUCUCAGGUUUGUGCUUCUAGGUGUCGAUGGGAGCCGCACCCGCGCCCCCAGCGUCCCCUGACUGCAGGUGCCCCGUGAGGACGGUGCAGCUGCUCCUAGCCUGCUCAUCCGGCAAAAUGGCCUGGAACUUUUGUUCCCCCCAAAUAAAGUCUGAUGCAUCUGA